AUGCAAAGAGAUUCUUUGACUGUUGGUAGAGUGAUUGGGGAUGUUCUGGAUCCCUUCACGAGAAGCGUACCUCUCAGGGUGACAUACAACUCCAGGGAGGUCACCAAUGGAUGCGAGUUUAAGCCAUCAGCUGUGGUUGAGCAGCCCAGAGUAGAGGUCGGAGGAACUGACCUCAGGAUCUUCUACACGCUUAUCAUGGUAGACCCAGAUGCUCCUAGUCCAAGCGAGCCAACCCUUCGAGAAUAUUUGCACUGGUUGGUCACAGAUAUCCCUGCAACGACCGAAGCAAGCUUUGGGCAGGAGAUCGUGUGCUAUGAGAGGCCACGGCCGCAGCUAGGGAUUCACCGAUACGUGGUGGUUCUGUUCCAGCAGCUGGGGCGGGAGACGGUGUACGCCCCUGGGUGGCGCCAAAACUUCAACACCAGGGACUUCGCCGAGCUCUACAAUUUGGGUUCCCCCGUCGCCGCUCUCUACUUCAACUGCCAAAGAGAGUCCGGUUCUGGCGGCAGAAGGAUGCUAUGGUGAGGCCUGCAACUCUCACACUUCUUCUCCCUUCCCUCUCUAGCAACAGGAAAAGCAAAAAGCAGAAAACAAAUGUUGUACCAUAUAUGAUUCUUGCAUUCCCACCUCAUCCAUGGCCGAUGAUGAUGUUUGUUCU